AUGAGAAGUGCUUUUGACAGGCAAUGGGUAGCCCUGAGUUGCUCAACAAUCAAAGAUGCAAGCCACUUUUUCCAAACCCCUUACUUACAGGAUGUCAUUAAUGAAGUGGAACUUUUCAACAAAGGGGCGAAUGACUCAGGCUCUACCUUCAACCUGCCCAGCUCUGAAGGGCCCGAUGACAACAAUGGCGCCAACUCGGGUAGAUGCCAAGGGGUGAAUGGUCUUCGUGCAUCUGGCCAUCGUGGAAGUUGCCUGAAACGAUGUCCAAAUCAGCUAUGUCAACAAUGCUGUCGUCAUAUGGCCAAGAAAGUUUGUUCACAUCACCGUGAUCGCAAUGCUGGCACUCUUGAGCUAUCCACGCUUUCGAAACCAACUCCAUCCUCAGUGUUCAACACCGCUCCAACUCGGAUUUUGGCUCCAUUGCCUAUACGUCGAACAGUCAACCGUCCUACUCAAUCUGCUCAAGCCGAUAGAGCGGUUCUCAAAGAUCUAUCUCAGGAUGCCCUUACUCACUACAACAAUGAAAGACGACGUACUCAAAAUGAAAAAGAUGGGAUGCGUACCAGGGACUUGGAACUUCAAGUGUGGCUCAAGGCAGAUCGACCGUAUCUGUUUGAUACUCAUUUGAAAUCGAAAUUACUGUUCAUUGCUAUUAAUAAAGUCGAGCCUGGGUUUGACCUACAUAUUACUCAACUCACCCAAAGUUGA